CAGACUGUACAGUAAGUCACUAACUUAGGUGUAAACAAGCAUUAUAUUAGGCAAUACAUGCAUACUGUAUGAAAGGACCAAAUAAUUUGUUAGUCAAAGUAGUUAUCAUCAGUGAUGCCGUUGGACAGCAAGUCAUCGACUGUUAUUGAAGGCAUUCAAGACGAUGAACCCAAUAAAGAGAUUCUAUUCUUCGGUCGCAAUCUCAACCAAAUCCCUUGUUUUAAAGAGUCAUUUCUUUACGGAUUAUUGGCUGGAGUUGGCGGCGGACUCAUGACUUUUACGGCCACCAGUCGUGUGUCUAAAGCCACAAAUACAGCGGUCUUUACUUUCACCGGUUUUGUACUCAUGUAUUGGUUUUAUUGUCGCCACAAUUUAGCCCGAAAUCGGUUCAACGUUGCACAGACACAACAGGCGUUUGAAAUGUUACAGAAAAGGGGUGACAUUAAUAUCGUAGACAAUAACGAUACUAACUAUCAGACCAAAGGUUAG